AUGCCUGCGCCGACGCUUCCCUCCAUCCCUCGCUACAUACCUGCGCCCGCCACCAAGGAGGACUUAGAAUGGGCACCGCUCCCCAUCAUCGACUUCUCCGAGGCUGGCACGCCCGAGGGUCGGGCGGCCCUGGCUGUCCAAGUGCGCGACGCUAUGCGCACGUAUGGCUUCUUGUACAUCGUCAACCACGGGUACACCCAAGCUCAAAACGCGCGCAUCUUUGACAUUUCCGAUGCAAUCUUUACGCAGGUGCCCGAAGAUGAGAAGAAACGCCUCCUUGGGGACUUCCAGAAGACGGGGUCCUACAGGGGCUAUAAGCCGCGCCAGACCUGGGAUAUCAGCAACGGCGUACGGGACCAGAUCGAGCAAUACAACUUCCACCGGGCCGUCACCGACCCCAAGCAUCAGAAGCACGCGCGCGCGAUCGAGCCGUUUCUCCCGGAGCUGCGCACGUUCACCGAGCACAACCAUCUCAACAUCGUUCAUCCCCUUUUAAGGAUGCUUGCUCUAGGCAUGGAAUUGCCGGAAGAAACGUUUGUGAACCUGCACAGCUUCGACGGGCCGUCGGACAGCUCGGGGCGCAUAAUGAAGUACCACCCCCGCUCGGAAGAGGAAGAGGCCAAGACGAAUAACGUUUGGAUCAAGGGACAUACAGAUAUCGGCACCAUCACCGUUCUCUGGAGUCAGCCCGUGGCCGGCCUGCAGAUCAUGUGCCCCGACGGGCGGUGGCGCUGGGUCCGCCACAUCGAGAACGCCCUCGUCGUGAACAUCAGUGACGGCAUGGAGUUCCUCUCCGGGGGCUUCUACAAGGCGACUAUCCACCGCGUGCGCCAGCCGCCUGCGGACCAGGCCGGGUGCGUACGCCUUGGAGUGUUCUACUUCUGCCAGGCGGAGGACGACGUGCGGCUCGUGCCGCGGCUGGAGAGCCCGGUGCUGCAGCGCGUGGGCGUCGUGCGGCGGUUUGAGGACGCGCGCGCGCCGACGAUGCGCCAGUACUACACGGGGGCGAUCAGCUCGUACGGAGUGUCGAAGCUGGAGAAGAGGGAGGACGGGACGGAGGACGAGGUGGUACACGGGGUUGUGGUGAAGCACUAUAACUGA